GGAGAGCUGUGAGCAGUACCUGCGCUGAUCACUUUGGCAAAGCAAAAUGGCAUCACAGCAAGUGGGUUUGAUCACUAGUUCUGAUCAUUUAGUGCUGAGCAUAAACGAGGAGCUCCGCAAAUUAGACCCCAAGAUCAAAGUCCCAGAACGCUUUAUUCGCGUUAGUCAAGAUCCCGCCCCAGUUCUAGGAACCUCUAUCCCUGCGAUCCCCACAGUUGACAUGAAAAAAUUGGUUUCUGAAGAUACCAAAGACUUUGAAGUCGAGAAGUUGCACUCCAUUUGCAUCGAAUGGGGCCUGUUUCAGUUGGUAAAUCAUGGAGUUAGUUCUUCACUCGUGGAGAAGCUGAAUGAUGAGAUUGAAGGAUUCUUCAAGCUUCCUGUGGAGGAAAAAAUGAAUUUGAAGGUUAGACCAGGUGAUGUUGAAGGCUUUGGAACCGUGGUCCGAUCCGAUGAACAGAGACUUGAUUGGGGUGAUAGGGUAUAUAUGAUAAUAAACCCUAUUCAUAGAAGAAAGCCAUAUCUCUUCCCCGAGCUUCCUUCUUCUUUGAGAGAAACUCUGGAGGCUUACAUAUUGGAGUUGCAAAGACUAGCUAUGACACUGUUCGAUUACUUGGGUAAGGCCCUAAUGCUGGAGAAGGAAGAGAUGGGGGAGUUAUUUGAAGAUGGGAUGCAAUCUGUGAGGAUGACAUACUAUCCUCCGUGCCCACAACCAGAGCUGGUUGUGGGUCUCACGCCUCAUUCGGACGCAACUGGCAUCACCAUCCUUCACCAGGUUAAUGGAGUCGAAGGCCUUCAAAUGAAGAAAGACGGGGUUUGGAUUCCCGUAAGCUUCCGCCCGGAUAGCUUUAUUGUGAAUAUUGGAGACAUUCUAGAGAUUUUGAGCAAUGGGGUAUACAACAGCGUGGAGCACAGAGCAACAGUGAAUUCAACGAAAGAGAGGAUGUCAGUGGCUUUAUUCUUCAACCCAAAAUUCGAGGCAGAGGUUGGACCCUCAAAUACAUUGUUAAACCCAAAUAACCCACCAUUAUUCAGAAGGGUGGCAAUGGAGAAAUAUGUGAAGGAUUUCUUCUCCAGGAGUCUCAAUGGCAGGACUUACGUAGAGCAUAUGAGGAUCAAACCCGGACAAGCUGGCAACACUACUAGUUCUUAGAUGAUCUUGAUCAAUCGCUCAUGACCGCCCCAAUCAUCAUGAUCAUGUACUCCUAUAUAUGUAUAUAUAUAUAUAGUUUACAUGUACUGUCUCAGGCAAUAAAUUAAUCUCUCUUUA